AUGGCACCAGUGGAUAGAGUAGCUGAGUCAACAAAGUGGUUGGCUGCCGAGGGCACCAGAAGGACAGGAGAGGGUCCAACAAACCAGAACCUGGGUGAUCUCUGCACUGUGUUUGCAUCCAUAUUUCAGCUGGAUUUUGGUUUUGUUACAGAAAUGUAUUGUGCCAUCUUGAUUGCUGCCAUAAUUUUGCUUUCACCUCCAGUAAUAAAUGCUGAGAAAGGAGAUGAGGAUGAUAACUGGGUUGAUCCAUUCUAUAUAGACAGUAAGAUGAAUACUGCUGCCGAUGACUGGAUGGACCCAUUAGAUUUGGAAGGUCACAGGAACUUGCAGAAGACUCUAAUAAAAUCUUCAUCUGAGAAUGAGAUUAUCAAACAAUUACCGGAAGAAAGUAAAAAUGCUGAACUACCAGGAAAUGUAGAGAGCACCAAAAAAAUUCUACAAAUAAAUGAAGAGAUGGAAGUUUCUGCAAAUAUGCUUGAAAAAAAUGAAGGAGAAAGUACAGAAACUGAAAGUAAAACAAAGUCUGAUGAAAAUUUGCCAAAGGAAGACAUUUGUCGAUGUGCAAAAAAUGAAAUGGAGCAUAACUUCCUUCGAAGAUUUAUUAACUUACUGGUGAACAUUUGUGUCAGUAAAAAUAACGAAAUCCAAAAAAAGAUUUCAGUUACAUUAGAAAUUUCACCAGAGGAACUGAAGCAACUACAAAGACUGAAAGAUGACACAGAUGUUGCCCCAGCCAUCAGACUGCUAAAUACCAUAAUCUCAGAUAUGAAAUUUAAUGACCAUGAGGAAGGCUACUCUUCAUUUUUUCAUGGGGUUAUACGAAUGAUUUCUUCAAAAGAGGUCUGGAUGGAAAUUGGUGUAAUCAGUUUUGCCAUCUUACCAUCAUUUUUGUUCAUACUGGGUGGAAGAAUAACAAGAAUUAUUUGUAUCACAUUACUUAUGACUUUUUCUGUGAGCUACUAUGGAACUUAUAGAUUCCUUCGGAUGAAAGCAAGAGAAAAGAACGAGAGAAUAUUAUCAGACACAUUAACAUGUACACCACAGGAACGAUCUUGGUAUCACAGUAUAUUUGGGUCCAGCAGUGAUAGUGAAUGCCAGAAAAGAUGGAAUGCUUUGCACAUUGACCCUUCUGAUGAAGUUACACCAGUGAAUGUCAUAUCCCAUAUGAUAGGAGUUAUCAUAUUCCAGCCAUUGGAGCAGUUUGGGAUCAUGUUUUCAAGUUUUUCAAGCCAAAUAUUUGAAUCACAACCAUUCUUGCGUGGAAUGGUUGUCUAUGCAACAGCUGUCCUGAUCAUUAUUAGUGUGAUCUUUUUCUGCUGUUAUGGGCUGCAUGGUAGAAGCAGAGGUCUUGGAAGCCACAAUUAUCCUUAUACAUUUGCAGGUCAGCGAUUUUGUGAUACAGAACCAGAUGCUAGCUCAUUUCAUCCAGAUAGUAGAAGCCAGAUAUUUAAUCCCAGAGGAAGAAAUAGUGUACCAGGGUCAUCGUAUGAAGCGCUUCCUCAGCAACCAGUUUAUAUUAUUACUAACUACACUGAUCGUAUCCCAAAGAACUCUCUUACUAAAAAAGUCAGAAUAAAACAACUUCCUGGAAAAGGGGAAAGUUCCAGUUCUAAAAAGAAAUCAGGAAAGUCAGUUAAAAGAAACACUAAAAAUAAUUGCAUCAUAAAUGAUAAUACUGAAAUAAACAAUGUUCCAUCAGAUAAAAUUGAGACUACUGAUGAUGAAACUUUGUAAUUGGCGCUAAAGCACUCAACUUGUAUGAUGAUAAUGUCUGAUGCCUAAGGAAUAAGAUAAAGAUUUUGGAAAUUAUCAAUUCAGGGUAAACCUCUGAAUUUCUGUCUGUGUAUGUAAAUUGAAUUUCACUUGGUUUUGAACAGAUAUUACUUUUUAAAUGUUUGUUUACUGUUGUUUUAUUGAGGAUAUGAUUCUAGAACAUGUAUUGAAGAUCCUUUUUGAUAGAAUAUUGCAUUCUUAUUUGUCUAUUAAUCCAUUUGUUAUGAAA